AUGAGAGAGCCUGUACGACCUUGGGUUUAUAACAAAGCUCAGAAAAUGCUAAAGCCUAAAGGAGAACUGAGGGGUGCCAAGGAAAUGGAAGAUGAGGGAGAGAGUGAUAGAGAAGUGAACGGUCUGAACAGCAAGCUCUUGAGCCUACAAGUUGACAUCAAGAAUCUACAUGAUGCCUGCAAGAGACAGGGGAAGACCUUGCAGGACAAUCAGCUCUGUGUGGAGGAGGCAGUGAUAAACAGCAGCCACAACAAGAAAGAAGUGUCAGCAUUUGAAGAGUCGCCGAUGGAGCUUGAGCCCAGUAGAGAGUGUCGCCUGAGACAACUCCAACAGCUCAAGAAAAAAUUGCUGGCCCUUCAGCAAGAGCUGGAGCUCCACACGGAGGAGCUGCAGACGUCUUACCGCUCUCUCCUGCAGUAUCAGUCCGUCCUAGAGAAGCAGGCUUCCGGCCUGGAUCUUCUCCACUGUCACUGCAAACGGAAACAAGAUGAGGUGAUUCUCUAUGAGGAGGAAAUGGGAAAUCACAAUGAGAACGCAGGGGAGAAGCUCCGUUUGGCACAGGAGCAACUUGCUUUGGCAGGGGACAAGAUCAUCUCCCUAGAAAGGAGCUUAAACCUCUACAGGGGUAAAUACCAGACUUCUCUGAGCAACACUGAGUUACUGGAGUGCCAGGUGAAGAUGCUGGAGGGGGAGCUCAACGUGAUCACCACACAUUACUCUGAUCUGCCAGCAUUACUGGGCUUUGCUGGUUUGCAGGUUCUGGAGCGGGAAGAGGCUUUGAUAAAAUUACAAGCCAACUUCGCUUCCUACACAGCGACCCACAGACAUCCUCCCACCUCCUCAGAAGAUUGUGAAGACAUCAAAAAGAUACUGAAGCACUUGCAGGAGCAGAAAGACAGCCAGUGCCUGCACGUGGAGGACUACCAGAACCUGGUGAAGGACUUGCGCCUGGAGCUGGAAGCUGUGUCCGAACAUAAGAAAAGCAUCAUGAAGGACGUGAUGAAGCUGGAGCUGGACCUGCACGGGCUGCGGGAGGAGACAUCUGCCCACGUGGAGAGGAAGGAUGAGGAGGUGGCCAUCCUGCAGCGGCGGCUGCAGGAGCUGCGGACGGAGUUCACAGAGACCCAGAAGCUUGGUUUGAAGAAAGACAAGCUCCUCCAAGAGAAGGCUGAAAUGCUGCACGAGCUAGAGAAGGAGCUGGCACAGGUUCAGGACACCCUCAUGAAAAAAGAGGUAGAGCUGGAUAAGCAGCAACGCAUGGCAGCGGAACUGGAACUCACCAUUCAGGAGGCGAAGCGGAAUGACUGCAGGGCAGAGUGUGGAGCCAUGCGAACUGAGCUGCAGCAGCUGCAGGACUGUCUCCAAGAUGCCAAACAGCAGCAGAGGCUGGCUGCUCAGCAACUAGCUCAGUAUAAAGAGGAGGCCAUCCUGGCACAGAGUGACCUGGAGAAUUCCCAGAGGAAACUGCAAAGCUGCCUCUUCCUGGAGAAGCAGAGGACAGACACCGCCCAGGAGCUAGAGAGAGACCUCGGGAAGCUGCAGAAGGAUUCCCUGAUGGCCAGAGAGGAGCUCGCACGCAGCAGGAAACAGAUAGAGGCACUGACAUCAGAACUCUCUGAGGCCCUCAGGAAGCUUGAAAAUUCUGACAAAGAAAAGAGGCAGCUUCAGAAGACAGUGGCUGAGCAGGAUAUAAAACUGAAUGACCUGCUAGAUCAUUUAAAACUCAUUCAGCACCAGAACAGGGAGCAAGCCUGCACCAAAAGCCAUCUGGAAGAUGAACUUAAGGACGUAACAAGGUCACUGGAGGAGAAACGGGAGCAGGUGAAAAAGUGCAAAGGACAGGAGAAGUUGCUGGAGGAAAAGCUUGAAGCGCUCCAGCAGGAAGGAAAAAGGAAAGAAAAGCUGUCAAAGGAGAAUUUGAGAAAUCUGGAAGAGGAAAACGAGAAGCUGAAAGUCCAGUUAAAGCAAUAUUCUACACAACUGGAUUCCUCUCUCACCAGACACAACACCUCCCAGCAAGUCAUUCAAGAACUAAAUAAUAAGAUAUCCCAUCAGAAGGAGACCUUAGUGAGUCUGCAGGUUCAGCUGGACAAGAGUCUGCAGAAAGAGAAGCAAUGUCUCCAGACCAUGGUCAGUAAAGAAGCCUAUGAGGAGCUGUCCCGGAAGUCAGCUGCCUGCCGAGAUGACCUGACCCAAGCCCUGGAGAAGCUUGAUCAUUUGACCUCGGAGACAAAGAGCCUGCACCGAAGCUUGACACAGGCCCAAGAGAGGAAAGGUCAGCUGGAAGGUGAAAUCGUGGUUUAUGAGGAGAGGAUGAAGUGGCUCAACGUGGAAUUGAAAAAACUGCAGGGCUUCCAUGAGCAGAGUGAGCUAGAGGUGCGCGCCUUCGACCGGAAGCUGGAGGAGAUGAGCGGCCAGGUGCUGCAGUGGCAGAAGCAGCACCAGGGCGACCUCCGGAUGCUGGCGGCCAAGGAGGAGCAGCUCAGGGCCUUUCAGGAGGAGAUGGCCGCCCUGAAGGACAGCCUCCUCGCGGACGAGCGGGAGGUGGGCGCUCUCCGCUGCCCGUCCCUUCCGGGGCCCCGCCAGCGAUCCCACGACCCCCGAUGCCGGGCAGCCACAGUUGGAAAGUUCUAUUCUAGCUUUGACCUUAGGAGGGCGGCCGAGCUGAAGGAGCAACAGGAUCGUUGGGACCAGGAGGCCGGGGAACAGAGAGGUCAGGACUUGGAUCUAAGGAGCAGGAUGCUGAAGGCAUCAGGGCUGCUGAUGGGAGCGGGCCAGAGAGAGUGCCGCCUCCUCGGUGUAGUGGUCCACCUGCAGCAGGAAAAUAAGCAGCUGAAGAAUGAGCUAGAGGAGAAGAAGGUGAGAGCCGGAAACCCAAAGCCGCACACGGAAGCCCCAGGCCAGGGCGGAACGGGGUCCGCACACAAGGGGAAACCGUGCACCGCCUCAGGCUGGAGGGGGACAUCCCUGGACAUGGGCCAGAGGUCUUGGGAAGUCACCGAGUUUGUCGGUGUGCCCCACUGCUCAGGUAUGUCUGCCAUUUGUCUUUUUGCUACUUCCUAUAAUGUCAUUAGUCCUGGGGGUCAAAAAAAUCUUAAUAAUGACAGCCCAAUAAUACUUUCCAAGAGAUCACUGGAUCGGAAGACCAAAUAG